AUGCCUCCGUUCGCUCCGAAGUCUCCGUCGUUUCCGCUCGCGGCGGAGUCGAAUCGGCUCCCGCCCUCGGAGCGGCGCGGAUUGGCUGAGCAGCGGGAUGUUGACGGCCGCCAGCUGCCCGCAAACGCGGUCGAGCCUGUCCAUCCGCUCACCGUGCGUCCCUGCUCUCACGUUCCUCGUCGAAAAGGCAGAGAGAUGGAACCUAGACACGAAGUCCGAGGCAUUGUUUGGUCCUCCGAGAGAGAAGAACUCCCGACUCUCCUGCUUCCCGCACCCAGACCAUCUGCCUCGCCGUGCACGGAGAACCGCGCAUGCAUGAGCUGCUGGGGUCGGAUCGGAACGCUUUACUGUUCGGAGUGCAGCAAGUUUCUUUGUGGCAUUUGCGCACUGAAACUGCAUGCGUCUGGGCCGAAUCAACAGCACGUGAUCAACACCGCGAGCAAGGCAGGAGUUUUCGAGCUGGAUGCUCCCAAGGUUGAAGAAGUUGAAGAAGAAGAAGUUGCGUCCACGGUAGACGACUUCGACCUCGCCUUCGACGAGGAUGUUCUUGAAACAAUCAAGGAAACGACGACUGCAUGCUCUCGACAUCCUGAAGAGGGACUCACCUUGGCCUGCGCCACUUGCCGGUACUUGCCUCUCUGUGUUAAAUGCGCCGGCGCGCCGCUACAUCAGAAACACCAAAUCAUCAGCGUCAGAGAAGCUGUCCCCAUUGCGAGAGACAUGUUGAAUCAGGAUUAUUCGAGGCUCGCCCACCAGCUUGCUCAGCUCCAGCACGUUAUGUCGAAGCUACGCAGUGCCAAGAGAAAGGCGGCUGAUCUCGCCGAAGUGCACCAGCACAAAAUUGACGACGCAUUCAAAGGGUUGUACAAAACGAUCGACUUGCGCGUCGAAGGCGUCAACCACCAAAUUCGUCAGUUGCAGCAGCAAGGCACACAGCGACUGAGAUUCGUCAACAUGCAAUGUGAAACGCUGCGACGGUACUUGGUGGCGAAGGGGCACCAAGCGACUCUGCUGAGCGAACUUGGAAAAAGAAACGAAGCGGCAGCCUUGAACGCCUAUGUGAAACUGAAACCCACUUUCGACGCCCUCGAGGGACGCGCCGAUCACUUAGAAGAUAUGCAAGCAAAGCUGAACAUUCCUUUCUGGAAGAUGACGCCGACGCACACGGACGAGCUUCUCAAAGAAGCUCAGACGGCGAUUUUUGGAGCCUCUGAGCACGUGACGGAACUCUGCCAUGACUUGACGGCGCUGGUGGAGGAGUUUCGCGGCGGCCAUUUCCCCCUGCAAGGCUGGCCAGCAGAUUUCGUUGGCGACGCGGAAGACGAAGAAAUUAUGGAAAAGGUUUUCCAAAAAGACAAGAGGGACGCACCCGUCGUCUACAAGGACGGACGGGUGCCUUACCGCGAUUACUUCCUCGAAAAAGAGCCGUCCCAGUGCCAAGCGUUCGUCCGAAAAGAUACUUUACACGCGGAGUGGGCCAUUCGCAUGGUCACGCUUCGCGGACAUUACUUGUGUGUGCACACAACGGCGGAGGCGUCGUCGCCGCUGGAGAGCGCAAUUAUUCUUUCGAGCCAAGUAGUAUGUCGCUCUUUCUCGGACCCAGAGGUGACGGCCGUGGGCGUCCUGGCGCGGCGCGAGUAUCCGUUCGGCGUCGAAGUCGUGGAGAUGGACGCGUCCGGGAAGACGUUGGAGGGGUAUCUGCUUCUCGCAGCUGAGAGUCACGAGCUCGUCUCCGAGUGGAUUGCUCUCCUCUCGAAAAAGUGUAUCCAGCGCGCGACAGGACUCCCCACAUUGCCGUGUGUGCCUCCGAGCCUCGCUCUCGCCGACCUCCCAGACGCGGUACCGACAGCCGACAUGCGGUACGGCGCGUACCACAGGUCAAUGGCUGCUGGCGUCCCCGUGAGAGGGGUGCUGAAGGACGAACCUGUGGCUGAGCGCGAGCCGAGCGAGGAGUCCAGCGAGGAGACCGGGAGCGACGAAGAACUCUCCUUCCUCUCCUCGUCGGAGUUCACAGAGUCGUCGACUUCCUCCGCGUCGACGCAGAGAGGGCGGCGUUGGCCACGGUCGACACCCGACGGAGAAGAAGACGACGAAGACUCGGACGAGAGGGAGGCCGAGGUCUCCUCUCCACGCAGAGCUCGUCCGACGCUGCCCGCGCCGCCUACGCCGCCGUCGGCGCGCAGCCUUCCACAGAGCUCCUCGGAGACUGAAGAGGAGUCACACCUCGUUCGUCCUUCUCAAGUAAAGGAGAGGAACGCCUGGAUGCGACGUCCGCAAGCAAAGCUCCCGGAGGACGAGAAAAAAGUCAAGCGCCUUUCUGUCCGGGAUGCGGCCGCCUUCUUCGAGCGCGGCGCCGGACGCAAGGCCUCGCCAACAGGGUCUUCGAAGGUGUCUCCGAACAAGAAAGAGUCUCCAAAAAAGAAACUGUCCCCGAAGCGCGCGCACGAAGGAGACAGCGCGUCUUUGCGGGAGAGUGACGCAGACGGAGGGAGAGGUUCAGCGGUCGGAAAGAGAGGGGAAGAGAAAGCAGAGAUCAUGGAAAAUGCUGCGCCGAGAUUUGCUCACUUCUCAGCGGCUCACAGGCGUACCCCUCCGGUGCUCUCGGCGACGAGAGAAGGAAGCACGGAAGUUCAGAGAAGUCGAGACAGAGAAUUUGCGAAAGAAAAGAACGAUCAACGACCACGGACGGAGGAAAAGAACUUAAAACACAGAGCAAACACAGACGGACAGAAAGAAGAAGAAAACGAGGACGAAGAAGAAGAGGAAGAAGAAGAAAACGAGGACGACGGAGAAGAGGAAGAAGAAGAAAACGAGGACAACGGAGAAGAGGAAGAAGAAAACGAGGACGACGGAGAAGAGGAGGAGGAAGCAAACGAGGACGACAGAGAAGAGGAGGAGGAAGCAAACGAGGACGACGGAGAAGAGGAAGAAGACGAAAACGAGGAUGAAGAAGAAUAUGACGAAGAGGAACGACUGGAGAAAAGGCGAAUGGGAGAAGAGACGUUCGCCGUGUUGGCUCCACGGCCUGAGGCGACCCACCUGAGAGACGUCUCCGCAGCGACAUCGGUGAGGACGCAAGCCUCCGAUCGCGAAAUUCCUUCUUUCCUCCCGUCGCUCCAGAGAAGGAACGCGUCGGAGGCGAGACAUCUGCGUGCGCCUCACGAGGAAGCCACACGAGCGAACACCGGCAGGAGAGAAGAGAGAGAAGAACGGCGACGCAGGGAGAGAGAAGAGAGAGAUGAGAGAGAAGAACGACGCCACAGAAGAGAAGCAGAAGACCUUUCGAGGCAACUGGUUUUGAGGGAAGACGACGCAUGGUUUUCAGCAGACUCGGAACUCGUCACAGCGGCGCCAGGAAAGGCCAUCCCGACGCGCAUGGCUGAGCGUCCGACAGACUCUGGGAGGCGCCUUGGCUGGAAAGAAAGCGCCAGCACGACCAGACGUCUUGGCGCGUCUUCUCCUUUCUCCAAAAGUUCUCUUCCACCUGCCUCUGCGUCUGCUUCGUCUUCUUCCUUUUCUUCUUCUCUCUCGCAAGCAAAAAACUCUCCUCGGACGCGAACCUUCCUGCAUAUGCACGGAGCAGUGGCGGCAAGUGUGCGAGGCCCCGAGAGUCGGCAGCGUCGACGACCGGCGCCGAAGAUGCCUGCCGCUCCGAUGAUGAUUCGCCUUCCGCCUGCCUCAGCUCUCCCCAAAUUUGUGCAUGCGCGCUCUGUCGCCUUCACUACAGAGACCUUCUUCUCUCCACGCGUUGUCGAGGGCGCAGCUGGGGAAGAAGGCGACGGAGAGGGAGAAGAAGACAGAGAGGAGGAGGAAGAAGGCGACGGAGAGGGAGAAGAAGACAGAGAGGAAGAAGAAGACAGAGAGGAAGACGAGACACUGUCCGCGAUUCAGAGGAGCGUUGUACGGGGACGAGGCACAGCAGUUGCGACGGCGAAGGAGACAACUAGAACGCCUCUGCGCGCGACGCGGAUUCUCAGGCCUGCCGGCGCGACCGGAGACUCCUCUUCUUCCUCGGUUUCUUCGGGGACCCGCGUCGUUCGCUGUGUCGAUCCUCAGACACACCAAAUUCACUGGGUGAAGGCAGCGCCUGGGAGGCCGCCCCGGAAGAAGGAGGCCGCCGUCUCGACCUCGCCGGCGACGCAGGAGGAAACUCCUGUGAGUCCGAGGACGAUUCAAAUCAUGCUCGAACAAAUCGGAGCGAGGCGAAUCGGAUAA